AUGAUGAGUGUGUGCAAUGUGUAUGUGUAUGUACGAUGGUAAUUUAGUAUUUUCUGUUGUAAGUAGAUUGGAUAUGAGAAAUUGAGAAGUGGAUCUGUGGGGUUGCCAUUAAUUGAGACAGCUGAUUGAGUUAAUAAUUAAUGAGUAUAUAUAGCAAAACAGAGUGAGAGAAAAAGUGAACUGAAGUUUCAUCGCUUGGGAAGAGACAUAUCCGUUGAAUGUUUAAACAUUUUUUCUACUCUUAUGUUGUAUCGUGAUAAUUGAUCAAUGGUAAAAUUGAGAUUUAUCAUAAACAUAUCGACUGAACCAAAGACAUUUUAGUCAACGUUGAGUAUCUUGAAAAUCAAAGUAGUUAAAGUGGACAUUCCAUGUAAUUAGUACUAAACAGUUUGAUCGACAAAAAUGGCUGGUUGUUAUGAUGAUUUGUCUUGGUCAGAAGCUCGCGAUCUUCUAAGGAAUUGGCGAGAAAACUCUGAACGUCGAAGUAAAGAUGUUGUAGAAAUUUGGGAGUCGAUUUUAAUGCCUCACAUUGACAGUCUAGGAAAUGAAAAGUAUUUGGUUCUGGAGCAAGUAUGUUUUGCUGCCCUGGACUGCUGCAGACUUCCUCUAGCUGAAUACUGCUUGAAGUUUUUGUUGAAAGAGUUCCCAGAAAGCCUACGUGUUCACAAGUACCAUGCCAUGCAUUUAGAAGCAUUAGAAAUGUAUGAUAAAGCUUUGGAGGUUUUGGAUUCUAUUAUCAAGAAAGACGAAACUAAUUUAGCUCCAAGAAAAAGGAAAGUAGCUAUUUUCAAAGCCAAAGGUCAAAUACCUGAAGCUAUCAAGGAAUUGACGGAGUACCUGAAAAAAUUCAUGAGUGAUCAAGAAGCUUGGCACGAACUCUGCGACCUAUAUUUGCAGGAGCAGGAGUAUGGCAAGGCUGCCAUUUGCAUCGAAGAGCUCAUAUUACACAAUCCCCACAAUCAUUUACUUCACCAGCGUUAUGCAGAAAUCAAAUAUUCUCAGGGUGGAUUUGAUAAUAUGCUGUUGGCUAAAGCAUACUUCUGUCAAGCUAUUAAAUUAAACUCCAAUAAUAUUAGAGCUCUGUAUGGUUUAUUGUUGACAACAAAUAACAUAGCUUUGUCACCAAAGUGUCCUGUGUUAAAGAAAAAAGAACUGAUCAAGUUGAGUGAGUGGGCUGCAAACGAAAUUGACAGGCAAUACAAAAAAAAAUCUCCUGCCGAAGAUAAGAACAUCAAAUGUAUAGAAGGACUACUAUCGCAACUGCAACUUGAAGCAUAAAAUGUUUGUAAAUUUCAAAUAGGGAACAAAAUAAUUUUGCAAAGAUAUAACUAAUUAGAUUUUUCAAAACAUU